UUCUGAUAGAGCUGCCUUUACAGCUGUAAUUGCUCCUAUAACAACGAGUUUUAUGGGAUGAUUCUGUUAUCUUGUAUUAUUCAGUGCAAAGAGCAGCGAGUCAGAGUUCAUUUGGUUAAUCAGUAUCUUUACAAUGCAGUUGUUAAAAAGCCCAGCACUUUUUUUAAUCGCAGGCAAAAAGAGUCAUCAUGAAGCUGUGCCUUUCUGCUUUAGUCCUGCUGCUACUUUGUGCUGCAAAAAUCUCAAAUGGAGGAAGGAUUUUGGUGUGGUACACUGAGGCCAGCCAUUGGAUCAACAUGAAGCCUGUCCUGGAGACCCUGGUGGACAGAGGACACCAGGUGACCGUCCUGGUUCCGAGCGCAUCGAUGUUCAUGAACAGCAGCGAACCUUCCCGCUUCCAGUACGAACCUUUUGACGUGGCCAUCACAGUGAAAGACCUAGAAAAGAGCCUUGAAGCUGUUCUUCACUUCUCCAUGCAUGAGAUAAAUGUCAUAAAUCCCGUUAUGAUUCCCUUUAGAUUUUUUGCUUUAAUGAAAGACAACAUGGAUAUUUCUUUCAAGCUCUUGGACGGCGUGGUGAAAUCACAAACCAUGAUGAAGAAGCUAAAGGAGGGAAACUAUGACCUGCUUUUUGCUGAUCCAAUCUACCCCGGCAGUGACCUGACUGCACAUAUUUUAGGCAUCCCUCUGGUCUUUUCUUUGCGUUUCUCCAUAGCUCAUAAUGUUGAGAGACACUGUGCUCAGCUGCCUGCCCCUCCUUCCUAUGUCCCUGCGGCUAUGUCCUCACUCACAGACAAGAUGGACUUCUCUCAGAGACUGGGGAACGUCCUCUUCUACGCUCUGCAGGAUUUCAUGUUGGAACAGUUCAUGUGGAAAGAGUUUGACAAAUAUUACUCAGAAGUUAGAGGAACACCCACCAGCGCCUGUAAGAUGAUGGGUAAUGCUGAUUUCUGGUUGCUACGAACCUACUGGGAUUUUGAUUUUCCUCGUCCUUCACUCCCAAACAUUAAAUUCGUUGGAGGGAUCCACUGCAAACCAGCUAAACCUUUGCCAAAGGAAAUGGAAGAAUUUGUCCAAAGCUCUGGAGAUGCUGGAAUCGUGGUCUUCUCUUUAGGAACUGUGGUCAAGAACCUGACCACAGAUAAAGCAAACAUGAUCGCCUCAGCUUUAGCUCAGAUUCCGCAAAAGGUGUUAUGGCGAUACAGCGGAGAGAAACCCCAAACGCUUGGCCCUAACACCAGAUUAUAUGACUGGAUCCCACAAAAUGACCUGCUAGGUCAUCCUAAAACUAGAGCUUUUGUCACUCAUGGUGGAACAAACGGGAUCUAUGAGGCCAUCUACCACGGCGUUCCCAUGGUGGGGAUCCCCAUUUUUGGUGACCAGCCGGAAAACAUGGUGCACGUGGAGACCAAAGGAGCAGCAGUUACUGUGAACCUCAACUCUUUAAAUGCUGACGAACUGAGGGAUGCUGUGAAUACAGUCAUUAAUAACAAAUCCUACAAAGAGAAUGUAAUGCAACUGUCCAGAAUAAAUCACGACAGACCCAUGAGUCCUCGGGAUGAGGCGGUUUUCUGGAUCGAAUUCACCAUGAGAAACAAAGGAGCCAAGCAUCUGAGGGUUCAGUCACAUGACCUCACCUGGUACCAGUACCACAGCCUGGACAUCAUAACCUUUUUCAUCAUUUUAGACUUGCUCCUCCUCAUCAUUCUCUUAAAAACCUGCAGCUUCUGUUUCAAGAGAUGUUGUGGCAGAAAAACUACAAAAAGAAAAGCUGAAUAAAAGAUUGACUGCAGGCUGGGUAACAUACUUUCUUUAUUUUCUGGCAUUAAGCACACUGCAGUUUUAAAAGUUUGCACACAUUUUAACUACAGUAAUUAAACAAUAAAGCAGACACAAAUAUAAUAACCAUUGCCGUUUAUUUUUGGUACCUUUUUUGUGUUAGGCUUUAAUAAUUAUUUUAAUUCUGAUAAACUGGAUAAAUAAAACAAUGAAGUAUGAUACUACCUC